AGGAUAAUGACGGGAAUAACAAUAGCUGUACUGGUUUUGACAGCCAUAGCUUUAACGACGGGCGAAGUACAGACAUUCAGACAAAAUGUACCUACCUUUAUGACAGGAAUUGCUCGAAGAUCUGUCAAAGAAAGACUUAGCGUUCAGCCUCCGCCGAUGCCUGGAUUAAAUUUAAAUGCAUGGCUUGGUCCAUGGUUUCAUCAAUUUCAUAAGGCACCAUGUAGUUGGGCUAUUUCAGAGGACUUUUCGGAUUACACCCAAUUGUUUGUACCUGAUGGCAAUGUAUUUUUGGCUCAUGAAUCUAUGAGAAAUCGUAAUGUGUGUAACAAGAUGACAUCGAUUCUUACUCUGACAGGCCCUGGAAAGUUUUCCGUUAACGAUAUCAUGGGGGACAACUUUUCUGGAAAAAUGGUUAUAGUAGCAACGGACUAUCAAGGGUUUACUAUUGACUGGGGUUGCGCAAAAUGGUCGACACUUGACCAAAGAUGUGCUGAUCCGUCGCUGUAUAUAAAAACACGACAAAGGCAGUUGUCUCAGGAUAUUGUUGGAAGGAUAGAAUCUGCGCUUCAAAACAUAUUUGGAAUAUCACUCAACGAGCUAAUAAGAAUAAGUCAUGCGAGACGUAAGUCUAGUUUACAUUAA